AGGACGAGAAGAGAGAAACACAGAGAAAGAGAGUAACCGAGAGAGCGCAACGGGAAGAGAGACGCACACUCCCACACCAGGAGCUGAAGCCAGAGACAGAGGCAGAGACAGAAACGGAGGCAGACAGAGGCUGAAGCAGAGCCUCGGAGCAUCAGCACACUUGAAAUCUGAACCGCUAUCACUGUGUGCUUGGGGUGCGUCUCCAGCUUGCGGCCACCGAUCGCGACGUCCUCGUCAUGCCCGCUGGGCUCCGAGGCUCUCUGAAGCAGCCCCAGUGUGGCCGGUCAGGUUGCUCCGGUCCCGAGCGCUUCCGCUGAACUUCAGCGGGGCGGUUCGGUGCUGGAGGGGGAGCGUGGGAAUCCGCACGUCGGGGAGGCGGCCCCGACUCAGCUCAUCCGGCCCCUAUUUGCGGGGAGCGGGGUGACCCGCGCCGCCUCACCAUUACUUCUCCCGGAAAAGAGGACCUGGUCGCUAUCGCCUCUCGACUUUGGCAGAGGCGGAGGCGCGCCUGCCUGGCCGCCGUCGGCGUACUGCUGGCCAUGGCCCUGGUAUUGCUUAUUGCCGUGCCCCUGCUCCUGCUGCAGGCUGCGCCCCCCAGUUCGGCACACUACGAGAUGAUGGGAACUUGCCGCAUGAUAUGUGACCCCUACAGCGGGGGACCCGGGGGAGGGCCCGGGAGUCCAGGCGGCAAAGCCGCCCCAGGUCCCAGCACAGCUGCCCUGGAAGUCAUGCAGGACCUCAGCGCCAAUCCUCCUCCCCCGUUCAUCCAGGGACCCAAAGGAGAACCUGGUCGGCCGGGGAAACCGGGCCCCCGAGGCCCCCAGGGAGAGCCAGGACCCCCUGGACCGAGAGGGCCCCCGGGAGAGAAAGGAGACUCAGGAAAACCCGGGAUGCCCGGGUUGCAGCUGGCGGCGGGCGGGGCCGGCGGGGGCAGCGUCGGGGCCAUUGGUGGUGGCGGAGUAGGAGGCGGCGGGGACGUCGGUGAGGUGACUGGGGCACUGAGCGCCGCGUUCAGUGGCCCUAAGAUAGCUUUCUACGUGGGCCUGAAGAGCCCCCACGAGGGUUACGAAGUACUCAAGUUCGACGACGUGGUCACCAACCUGGGCAACCAUUACGACCCAACUACAGGCAAGUUCAGCUGCCAAGUGCGGGGGAUCUACUUCUUCACCUAUCACAUUCUCAUGCGAGGCGGGGAUGGUACCAGCAUGUGGGCAGACCUCUGCAAGAACGGGCAGGCGGCGGGAGAGGGGACCGACGCACUCCACCCCCUUCUCCCUCCUCGGCCGGAGCGUGGGGUGCAGCUCUUUUCUGCAGGACCCUCUCACUUCACGGCAACUCGUCACUUUUCGGUUGGUACAGAAAUCAAACCACAUUCCUCCUCCACCUAGUCAGUCAGUCCCCACUCCCCUAGCCUGCCAUCAGUGUAUCUGUAAUCUCGCUCGCUCGCUCCGCUGGGGCCCCAGACAGAGUUCUGGCUCAAGAUUCGCCUAUCGUCGUUGGGGGAGGGUUAGGGAAAGGGAGAGAAAGGGGACUCGGAUGGGGUGUAGGCUCCAAAGGUAACUACUGACAUACUUACAGAAACUGUGAAAAAAAAAAAAGCGGAUGAGACUGGACAAGUCCCGGCAAAGGGAUCUUCUUUCCCCCUUCUGUCCUCGGUUCUGAAAUUCUUCGGAAAUGGAAUCUCCUGGGACCCCUUGCCUGGGAUGUGGGCCUAAAUCGGC